GGAACCCAGCCGUCAGAGCGAGGUGCUGAGUUUGGGGACCUGGAGACCCUCCAAGAUCAUUCGGCCCUGCAGACAUUCCAAGAGGCUUCCCUCUAGUCCCAGCUGCGCUCCAGCCUCAGGUGCCGCCCGCCAGCUUCCGCCCUCGACAGCCACGGGCGUGGGAGCCGCAGUGGGCCGGGCGCGGUCUCUCCUUAGCUCCCGCCCCCGGCGCGUCUCCAGCGAGCGCAGAGCUCGGCAAGGCGCUGGGACGGUGGGGCUCUGCUUGCCAUGGCCCCGGGCCUGCGGGGCCUCCCGCGGUGUGGCCUCUGGCUACUGCUGGCUCACCAUCUCUUCAUGGUCACUGCCUGCCGGGACCCUGACUAUGGGACUCUCAUCCAGGAGCUGUGCCUCAGCCGCUUCAAGGAGAGCAUGGAGACUAUCGGGAAGACGCUAUGGUGUGACUGGGGAAAGACCAUACGGAGCUAUGGGGAGCUCACUUACUGCACCAAGCACGUGGCGCACAAGAUUGGCUGCUUCUGGCCCAAUCCGGAAGUAGACAGAUUCUUCAUCGCUGUCCACCAUCAAUACUUCAGCAAGUGCCCCAUCUCUGGCCGGGCCCUGCGGGACCCUCCCAGCAGCAUCCUCUGCCCUUUCAUUGUGCUCCCCAUUACAGUCACACUGCUCAUGACUGCAUUGGUAGUCUGGAGGAGCAAGCACACAGAGGGCAUCGUAUAGGUAUCCCAGGUGAUGAGGGAUAGGGGAACCAUGGGCCUGGCCCAGCCACAGCAUCAGGAGCAGGUCCCACCUUGCAUCCUGCUCUAGCCUAGUUAGCACAGGACUUGAGAGUGGCUCUGCAUUAAGCUGAAUAUGCCCUGGCCAGAGGCUUCUAGCAGGCGAGCAGGGGCCUGCCUCUGCUUACCUCUGAGAUUGUUCUAAGCACCGGGUCUCUGGUACACUUCAUCACCACUGUGGGCAUUCUGACCUCCAAGGAAGACAGCACAGAUGUGUUUGUGGAUGCACAGUUUGUGAUUAAAAGAGUAUUCUUAAACUUGGGAAGUGUUCUAAAUUCUGGGUACAAAUAACCUAUACAGGGAAUCAAAGACUGGAAGAAAAUCAAGCCACUCCUGGAGAUCUGUCUUUUGCUGGUUGAGUUUAUCUCAGGGUCUCUAGCCAGAUGAUACCCAGUCAAAGGUCCCCUGAGUUUGUUGAGGGGUUCCCAAAUGAUUCUCAUACCCUUGGCCUCUACCUCAUGGUCCCUGCUUUCUUUUUGCCUUUCUUGGGUUUUUUUUUGAGACAGGGUUUCUCCAUGUAGCUCUGGCUGUCCUGGAACCUGCUCUGUAAACCAAACUGGCCUUGGACUCACAGAAAUCCUCCUGCCUCUGUCUCUCAAGUUCUGGGAUUAAAGGCGUGCGCCACCACUGACCGGCACAGCCCCUGCUUUUAGUACUUGGAAAUAGUCAUAAAUUAACAACUAUCGAGAAUACCUCCCGUGAGCCAGAACCAUUGGCUGAGUAGCACGUGAAGAAGGUGCUGUCUCUGUGUCCCCCUUCCCUAAAGGUCACACUGUCUUCCCUGAGAAACCCUAGUACACAGGACAAAUGAAGGCCAAGAGGUGCCAGGGAUGUGACCUCCUCCUCCACUCAGCACUGUCCCUCGGAUCCCUGGGAAGCCAUGGACAGUAAUGACAGUAUUAAUUUGAAAAAUAGGGUUGAGCUAUGACAGCGUGUGUCUGGAAACAAAGCACUUUGGGGUGUUGAGGUAGAAGCAUUGCUGUGAGUUUGAGGUCAACUUGGGCUUUAUAAGGACACCCUGUUUUUAAAAAAAAAAUGAGGGGGGAGGGUGGGGAAGAAUGAAGAAGAGACAGAAGAAAAAUGCAAAAGAAAAUAAGACUGGGUUCAUUUGUGACCUGAACUGGAGACCAGAGACCAGCCUGCCUUCCCGGACGUUGACAUGGAAAUCCAAAGGAUGGGAAAACAAGACAUUCAUAAGUCACAGGAUCCAAAAGCUGCAAGAGAACCAGGGAGCUGACUUGGGAGAUGGAGCUGACCCAGUGUCUCGUUCCCGGAACUGCGCAUACUAACAAGUUCUCAGGGUUUCCAGUAAACCAAGAAGCCUGGAGUUUGAGGUCAUCUGCAGAGCAUGGCCAUCCUGUGCUCAGCUAAGCAGGGGGACAGGCAAGGGAAGAGUGAGCCCAAGACUCCUCACACAUGACCCCUCUCACAGGAUGACUGCUUGUACAUCAUCAGCCUUCCAGGGGAAACCUGGUCCGCUGGGAGUAGAUCUCCAUCCGCUCCUCAAAAAUGAACAUUAGCGAUAUCCUCCUGAAAACAAGUCAGAAGUGUGGACCAGAAGUCUUGAGUGUCUGUUUGCAGUCAUUUCUCUUGUAGGGACUCAUCCCAAGUACAUAAUUACCAUGUGCACAAGGGCCCGUGGGGACCAGGAGCGGAAGAGAGGAGACACCCUCAAUGGUCCAACUGGAGGACUGCUCCAUCAGAUUAACUCCAGAUGAUGGAAGGCAAUGGUUUCCUUAAUGGCAUCCUUCGGGGCAGGGGUGUUUCCCAGUGUGUGCAGUUCAUUGAAAAUGCAGAUUUUAAAACAGGAAAUCAAGGUGA